CCUAGCGCCGGUGAGCGGCCGCGGAGCAAAUUGAAAUUGAAAAUUGUGAAGUGCGUUUGUGACGUCAUAAAAGUUCUGCUGGCAAGCGCACGAGGGCGUUGACGGCCGGCCACUUGACCAUGCUUUGUUUUGUUUUGAGGCAAGCCGAAAGGCGAGAGUGCGUCGCCUGCCGACUUUAUUUAGCCAAUUGAAGCGAACGAAGCACCGUUAUUCAUCGGCCGACGAAGCCGAACGUCAUUUUGUCAGUCGGCAAAGCAUCACGUCUGCCGAGUUUGUCGUGUCCGAGUAUUAUGCCAAGUCUUCCGCGCGAGCGACGAGAUGGAAAAGUGGCCAAAAGAAAACUUCUGAACCCGAGCCCUGCAUAUGUUCUCCAGUGGCAGCAUUGCGUAUGCAGAUGAUCGUCGACUGUGCUUUGGCAAGAAGACUGAAUUUUUGACUGGUGAUUGCUUCGGACAGUACAUAAAGCAAAUUUUUUAACAAACCCUCUUGUGUUUGGAGCUUGACAUAAUUAAAGUUACUAAAUUAUUUGCAAAUUAAAAAGCAAUAACAAUAAGCUGUUUACAAGCAUGAAGUGUAUAAUAAACAAUAACUAAUAUUAAAAUUUCACAGAUCUAAGCUGAAUAAUUUAUGUGCUCAAUCCUUCUUUACGAAUAUUAAUAAUAUUUGGUAUAAUUGGCAUAAUUUUAAGAAUUUUAACGCAUUGAAAUUUUACAUUUUUAUAAAUAAAAUUAGAAGUUCAGUUGCAGUAGUAAUUUAUUUGUACAAUAAAUUGAAGAUCAUACAACUUUCAAUCAUUUAAUCAUUGUCGGCUUCUCUAAAACCAGUGUACUGUCCAUCAACAGAUGGCCACUUUGAUCUUAUACAGUGAACAACACAGGAAGGUAUCACUUUCCUCACCUUGUGACCUAAUUUUUCAUAAUUAUUCAGCCACAAAAUAUAAACCCUGUAACCGAACAAUCGGUAAUUAUUGUUGUCAUCGACAAGCCACUGAGCUCUCUCAUUCUUAUCUUUUAUCUUAGACACGUAAAAAUGUCUAUGAAGUUUUAUCAUAUUCAAGCUAAGUACAGCAUUGUUGAAGUCAUCUGCUUCUGUAAUGCAUCCACUUCCAAUGUUCUUAUCCAUUACAAGCGAAAUCUCUCUGCAGCAGAGCGAUUCGGCCCCAGUGGCCAUGGCCAUGCAGCUUCCGCAAGUACACCAAUGUGUAUUUCCAACUCGAUUCUGCAAACGAAGCCUUUCCUCCUCAGCCUGAGCUUCUUCUUCCAGAAUUUUCUGCAGCUCUUCGUCAGUGUACACAGGAUCAAAAUCUAAGGAGAAGUCCAACUGAGAUGGCAUGUCUCCCUCGGAAUUUGAGUCCGAUUCAUAACUGGGCCCAUCCAUCUUUAUAAAAUUUAAUUAUUAAUUAGAAAAAUUACUAAGUGAUGAAUCAAACCUUUUCAAGAGACUUGAAUUGUUGAGCGCUUUUUACAAUUUUUGUGAGUGGAGUUUUUAUUCAACAACUACUGGUGGGUUUCCCUGUCAACGAUAUUGGAAUUUAUUUUUGUAGUCACAUGAUAUAUUUGGAAUUUUUAGAAUGGUGCUUUUGCGCGCCUGUGCCCUGUAGAGAAUAGAGGUCAAAUAGAAAACACGAGGCGUGUCAGGCCUCUUUUUGUUUGUGCUUGCUACUGCACAUAUUUUACACUUCAGUUUUCAAAUGAAAUUUUGAAAUGUACAGGUGCAAUUGUAAUGGGAAAAUAUAGUUGUUAUGUAUGCAAUAAGAGAAGUUGCAAGAAGAAUGGUCGGAGCCUUCAUAAGUUCCCCAACAAAGAUGAAAACCCUGAGCAACACAGGAAGUGGCUUGUCAUUCUGCAAGUAACUGAAGCCGAUUAUGAUGAAAACGUUCACACAUUCCUCUGCUCGGACCAUUUUGAUUCCAAUGCAUUUGAUGUGGGCCCUGAUUUGAGGAGGAAACUGCUGCCUGAUUUGUUCAAAAAUUCGAAACGACAGCUACAUGAAAAUGCAGUUCCCUCCGUAAAUCUUCCGAAGAGAAAGGAGACUAUUGCUACUCAGACAGACUCCGAAAAUCAUGGCAACCCAACUGAAGCAGCCUGCUCUUCUUCUACUCGGAGAAAAAGAGGCCUGUCUAGCUAUUAUGAACCUCCAUCCGUCAGGCUAUGCGCUGAAAGUGUCAAUGACACGGAAAAUUUGCCCGACCAGCACACUUCUUCUGAAAUAUCAUCUUCUGACGAGGAAACCUCUCAGGCGGAUUAUUACAACGAUGACACAGAUGAUGAAACUUUUAUGCCUCCGGAAGCUGCUUUGCAUCUGGAAUCAUCGUCGGAUUCUGAAUUUGAUGAAGCUGAGGAAGAAGAAACACACUCAAGCGCUAAUUCCUCUGUUUUCUAUGUUGAAAAGGACAGUUUGCUUGAGUUAUUCAAAUUUUGUCAACGAUGUGGGGCCCCGGUUGAGGAUCGAAAGUUAGUUGAAGUUGGAACUUUGAUUACUGUCACUGCAAUCUGCUUAGAGGGACAUUCUAUAGAAUGGAAGAAUCAGAAGAUGGUUGAGUUGCAGCCGGUUUUGAACGUCGCUGUCUCAUCAGCAGUUUUUCUGAGCGGAAUCAAUUUUGAGGCCCACCGACGUUUCUGCACAGCGCUCGAUUUGUCAUGUGUCCACAGAAGCACAUAUUUUAGGCACUUGAACCAGACUGUCCACCCUGUGGUGGAAAUGACGUGGAUGGUCGAGCAAAAGAGGGUUGUGACAGAACUAAUCGACAACAACAGGGAGAUAAUUCUAUUGGGCGACGGUCAGUACGACUCUCCGGGAUUUUCGGCGAAAUAUGUGUCUUAUAUAAUAAUGGAUUCAGCAACAGAACAAGUCGUUGACUUUGUUGUUUUCCAAAAAGGGCAAGUGUCUGGAGAGCUUGAAAAGGAAGCCUGCAAGUAUCUGCUCGAGAGAAUUAUCGAAACGUUUCCUCAUGAUCUCCUAGAUGGAAUUUGUACUGACAGACAUUCUGGGAUACGAGCUAUGUUGCAGAAGCCUCCUUUCAAAGGGGUUAUUGCCCAGUAUUUUGAUGCAAGUGUUUAAAAACAAUUCCUAAUAUAUUCAUUGGUUCCAUAAUCUAUUCUCCUGAUCAAUUAGGUCUGGCACCUUGGAAAGGGCCUAAUGAAAAUCUUCACUACAACAUGUCGAUUGAAAGCUCUCAUCGAGUGGAAAACGUCUUUAGUCAAUCAUUUCUGGGCAAGCUGU